AUGAAACGCGAGUUUGAAGUGGUCCAGGUGGGCCUGAUUAUGUCCGACACAGAGGGCAUCACAGUGACUUUCACAUUUGUUUCGGGUUUACAGACAGACGAUUGCAUCCGCCUGCUGCGAGCAGCCAUGGAUUGGCAGACGGAGGUCAUGCUGGAGACCAUCCUGGGUCAUGGAGUGGACAACCAUCUGCUGGGGUUACGAGAGAUUGCCCUGCAGUUGGGUAGGCCGAUGCCUAAUAUUUUCAAGGAUCAGACCUACGCGAAAUCCAAUUGGUUCCGGCUGGGAACCAGUCAGGUGAGAGAACGCCUGAAUGAUCACUCUUUCCCGUAG